AUGUCUUACGGCGGAUUCCCUCCGAGGGGUUCCCCUCGUGAGUGCGUUCGAUCGUUGCUUUUCCACCGACGUUGCACCGAGCUCGCUCUCGCCGCGGAGAGUCUUCAGUGUCUGGCUGCUGGUUUAAAGGACGAUCAGGUCAAAGACACGAAGUCUGGCCACAGGUUGGACAGCGGCUCCCCGUUUUGGCGGAUUCAACUUGACCAGGACCUUCUGGAUACCAUCAGUGCGAUCUAUCCGGAGUGGUUUAAAGAUUACACUAACAGUCGAGCGGCAUCGACGACGUCUCCCAUCACGUCCGCGAGCGCUUCCUGCAACGACAGCGCCGCCGUGGUCGUCGUCACCGAACGCGGCGGUGAGCACAAGGUCGCCAAGGGCGACGCCAAGUCCAAGUCCAAGACGAAAAAGGCGGACGGCCAUAAGGAUAAGGAGCGGGAGAGGAAGGACCCUAGGCGCGACGCCAAGGACGAGAGGGACGCUGGAAACGGUAAGAAAGGGACGAAGCCCUCGCCGCAGCAGGAUAAAGCAGCGGCGGACGCGGCUGGAAGGAAGGCCGCGAGCGCUGUCCCAGGAUCGGAAUCGAAGAUGGCCGAGGGCAAUCAGUCGCCGCCGAAGGCGGAGGUCGACGAUUCACCCCUUCAGCACGCCAUGGAUCGCAACAAAGAAUCGCUGAAGGUGAAGCUCAUGCUGAGGCGACCCAUCAAUCAGCUGGUUGCGCAAGGCAUCAUGCCACCGCUGAAGACGCCACCGGCAUUUCACGAGCAACGGAAGCAGCUGGAGCGGGCGAAGACGGGUGAUCUGCUGAAGGCGAAGAUCCAGCAGAGACCGGGCAGAGACGAGCUGGUCCGGCAGCAUAUCCUCGAGGAUGUAGGUCACGUGGAUCCGAGUCUGGCGGAGCGGCAGCGAAUGCUGAAGAAGGCCAGGCUAGCCGAUCAGCUCAACGAUCAGCUCAGUCAUCGACCCGGGCCGCUCGAGCUCAUCCAGAAGAACAUCCUUCAUACUGAAGAGCCCAUCGAGAGGGCGGUCAAAGAGGGUCACAUUCCCUUCAAGGCCACCUGCGAGGGUCAGGUGACGAAACCCCAGCACCCGGAUCACUAUAUCACUUUCGAGGAUGACUCCCAGAGCUCGGAGGGUGCGCCCUCGCCACAGCUCGAGUCGCGAUCGUCGGACGUUCUGGAAACCGCGGCAGCCUCCGCGGGCAUCGUCACGGUCUCCCUGAGCAUACCGACGACCGGCGGCGCCGUUGUGGUCUCGUCGACGUCCCCCGUCUUCCAGCAGACAUCCACAGAAUCGACGAUACAGACGUUCGCCGAGCUCUGCAAUACCGUUGUCGGCACGCAGCAGCAGCAGCAGCAGCAGCAACAGCAGGGUCAGCAGCAAGCUCAGCAGGGCCAAUUACACGCGUCUACGCAGGCGAGCCAAACGACGAAUGGCCCGUCGACAACCCUCCUACCAUUGGCGCCGGCGCCGAGCCCGAUGUCCCUGGGCUCGACGACGUCCAGCCUGAGCCCCCUGUCCAACAUCUCGAUAGCGUCGCCCCCGGCGCCGCCGCCGGCGGCGAUCACCCCGCGGCCGCAGCCGAGCCCGAUAGCCGCCGCAGCCGCCGCCGUCGCGGCCGCCGCCGUCACCACGUGCCAAAGGAGCGACGCCCCCGGGAAGGACAAGAACAGAAAGAAGUCCAAGACCAAGAGCCAGCCCAAGACCCGCACGAUCAAGUUCCACGAGUAUAAAGGACCGCCAAACGCGCAGAAGACGUCGGCGUCGUCUAGCACUUCCGGUCUCGGCGGCGCGCAGCCCGGUGAGACCAGUUACGAGCUGCUUCUACAGCAGCAACAGCUGUUCCUUCAAUGGCAGCUCGAGUGGCAGCACAAGUAUCCACAGAUCAUCUUGCCGGCCGCGCAGAAGCCGCUGUCGCUCACAAGUAGCGGCGCGAGCGAUGCUGGUAGCGUGAGCGGAAGUAGCGCGAACGCCGCCAGUCCGGCUCCGUCGAAUUCUUCGAACAAUCCUUCGGAACAGCCUCCAUUGAGGCCUUUGGGCAAAUUGGAAGAUAUGAAAGUGAGCGACCUCAAGGUGGAACUGAAACGACGGAAUCUGCCGGUAUCGGGAUCGAAGCCGCAGUUGAUUGAACGAUUGAAGCCCUUCACGGAGUCGUCCAGCGGCAACUCGAUCUCCAACUCUACCGGACCGCACGUGACGCACAUGGGUCAUAUCCUGAUGGACACGCCUGGCCCGAUGGCGACGGAUGACUCCAGCUGUCAGGUCAAGAGUCCGUUGAGCUCUAUUGUGAAGGACGAGCCCAACAGCCCGCGAACGGCCUCGCCUCACAGUAGCGAGCACGACGACCCGUCGAGUCCGCCAGUUCGUGUUUCAGGAGAUGAUAUCAUCAAGGUGCAGAGGAAGCGGAUAGAGGAGUUACAGCGCGAGCUGUACAAGUCGCAGCAACAGCUUCAGCAGAUCCGCCAGACGCAGCCAGCCACGGUGCGCGCCGAGAAGCUGGCGCUCCAGCAACAUAUACACAAUAAAAUGCAGCAGCAACAACUGGCUUUACACCUGCAGCAGCUUCAGCACUUCCAGCAGCAGCAGCAGCAGCAGCAGCAACAACAACAGCAGCAGCAACAGAACCAACAACAGACGCAACAGCAACAAGCUACGAUUCAUCAGCUCAAUGCGAAGGCGAGUCUCGCAGCCUUCCUGCAAGCGCAACCAAACAAUGCUACCGCUAUUCUUGACUCCGCGACUCUGACUGCGAUUAACAACAAGAAGAAUCAGUCUAAGAAUAGCACUACUGUCCAAAUACCUACGGCUAUCGUCCUAAAUUUGGCAAAGCCGACUAAGCUGAACGGCUCAUUGCUUGGUGCUCUUGUGGCGCAGGCGCAGGUUCAACAGCAGCAGCAGCAGCAGCAGCAACAGCAACAGCAACAGCAAACAACUGUUACUGAAGACAUCAAGCCGCCGCCACCGCAGUACGAUGAAGCUGCUAAGUUGCUAAAGGUCAAAAUCGAACCGGUCCAGAAGAGUCACAUAAAAAGUCAAGUAGUUGACGACGUAUUGGAGAUUCUGAUCAAGAACGGCGAGCUACCACCAAGCGCCGCGCAAGAUCCAGCCACUCCUACGACUCCGAAUCGUCAGCUACAGCAGAAUCUGGUCUUCACCGCGCCGGCGGACAGUCCAACUCAGUCGUUAGUUUUCACGGCCGCCAGUCCGAUGAGUCCGAUUAGUCCGAUACCGAUGGAGGUGUCUCAAAGCGGUUGCUCGAGCCCGUCGACACCGGCACCGCCGCCGCCGCCGCCGUUGCCGUUAACCGCGUUCUCCAUUCAGUUGCCCUCUGCCCUCCAACAGAUGCAACAGCAAGAGGAGAUCACCUCCUUCGGCACGGAUCUUCUGACUUCCGAGGCCGAGUUGGACGCCGCGAUGUUACUCAGUCCUCAAUCGGUGCAACAAGCUUCCCCAGAUCCUCAACCGCCACAAGAAGUGACUUCCUCGGACAAUGCAAAUUUGGAUCUCAAAGAACUGGGAUUGGACUUGGAAACAUUGGAUCCGAUGGACUUUGGUCAACUAGACUGCGACAUGCCAAUGGAUAUGGACGAUCCCGAUUGGCUGGAUUCCCUGAUGCCGCAAUCGCCACCACCUUCUGCGACAUUGUCAUCAUCCAGCCAUCAGUCUACCACUCCGUCAAUCAGUCUCUCCACUACGGAUAUCUAUGAUCCCUUAUUAGGCAGCAGUCAAUACUCGUUUGAUCUCUUUAAUAUGGAGGACUCUGACUUCAAGAUGUCGUCCGACUUAUCUCCGAUGACCUGGGACAAGGUAGACUUUGCGACCUAGCCCGAAAUACUCUCCUGCAAUCCGGCGUUAUGUACUUAAUCCUCGUCGAGUAAUCAAAAGUAUAAUUCGCGAUAAACGAAGGAAAAGCGGACAGUAAGACCAUUGCAUAUGCUAUGCUUUGAUCGGGCCUGAUCCGGUGCAUUUCAUAUAAGCCGUUUCGUGACAUCCUUGCCUCUGAUGCAUCUUGUAAUCGAAUGUUACAUCGAAUGUGUACUUAUACGCGCGCGUCAAGACGAGAAGUGUUGAUUUCGAGAGCAUACCUACCGUUUAAAAAAUAGAUACGUAAUCGCGCGCAACCGUUAUCGUAAUUAACAAUUAAGAACGAAGAGAAGGCUGUCAAAUUAUGGACCAGUGUUUGACACGCGUGUCAUCUUUCGGUCUUCUUCGAUCAAUGAACGCCUACGCAUGUCAUUCUUUUGAUCAAUAUAUGAUCGAUCGUUCCAUCAGAAAAGUAAUAUCUACAUACAUACAUAUAUAACAUAUUUAUAUAGGCAUAUAUAUAUAUAUAUAUAUAUAUG